GACGGAGGCAGUCCCCCUCUCGUCACGUUGAGGUGAAUAUAAAGCUCGGUAAUGGAGACUGCUGUGGACCGGGGCUCUUGUUUUUCUCCCCGUCGGAGAUACACAAACUCACUGGACAAAUAAGGCGUCAAAUGACAAGCCCCGGGUUUCAACGCUUGUCUUCUUCUUCUUCUUCUUCUUCUUCUUCUUCUUCUUCUUCUUCUUCUUCUUCUUCUUCUUCUUCUUCUUCUUCUUCUUGUUUAUCAACGCCUCUUCAAAAACAGAUGCCCUGCUCGGGAAGUUACGGACAAAACACGGAUAAAUCUGCCGAGUCGUCUUCUUCAAUUUCCAGAAGGCGCUCUCCCCCGAAGGAUUUCUUCUUUUCUGAGCCUGCUCUUCUCUGACCUCAACAAGAGACUCUUCACCCUGUCCUACAAGGAAUCCUUCUCCAAUUCAGAUCGAGGCUUCUGAGAAAUGAGCUGCAGAUGAAUCACCUUCACGGUCAUCAGUCAUCUCUACUUGGCCUGGGGGUCUUCUAGAAGGUCGGACCUCCUUGCCACCAUGAAAGGGUUGGGGACCAACCGUAACAGACACCCGCCUGACUCCUGUGAACCUUCCUCAGGCCAUCCAGAGGCCCUCUACUCUCAGAAGACCAGCACCAUCCCACGCAGCCCUUACCUGCUAAGCCCCACAAUGGAACACUAUGGCACCAUGGACCCCCACCUCUAUCCUUCAGCCAACCCAGGCUCCCUUCCACCAGACUGCAUGCUGCCCCUCAACAAUCAGCUGUCCAACAGCAGCACCUUCCCCAGGAUUCACUACAACUCCUACGACCAGUCUGACUUCUCCCCACCUGGAGACAGCAUCGGGGGGAUAAGUACAGGGACCAUGGGCACGUCCAUGUCAAUGGGCAUGGGCAUGGGCAUGGGCAUGGCAGGGCUGAGUGGACGAACACCUAUGAUUACGAGUGGCUCAGCAACUAUAUCACAUCAUAUGACCAAGAACCAGGCACCAUCCAGUCUGCUGGAGUUUGAUAAGCAGCUACCUGGAGGCCGUGAUGGAUUCAGCACAUUGCAGUUUCAUCGAACGUCUGCUGUUGCUGCCGACAAGCAGCGCACAGACAGUCCUGGUCGUAUCCGUUACAUGCUGCACUCAGUACAGAAGCUCUUUGCAAAGUCCCAGUCACUGGAGAGCCACAACAUGAAAGGAAAUGUCAAUGGACGCUCCACUGGUAGUGGUGGAGGCUCAUCUGGCACUGAAGACGGAGGGAAGCAGAAUCGCAGAGCUAAAAGUAAAGAUCGGGGUACAAAAGCAGAGGCAACUGCCAAGCGACGACCACGCUCCAACAUGUCAGGUUAUUGGAGUUCAGAUGAUUUGGACAGCAGUGAUUUAAGCAGCUACCAUAACACCAUGGCCAUGAUGACUCUGGGGCGUCCAACUGGCCAUGACAGCCAAGGGGGCCAGACCAGAUACAUACACAGUGGCUACAACACUAUCAGCUCCUCCAAAAGCAGCAAUGACAUGAAGUAUCAAGCAAAUACUGGGCCUGUGGGUGGAGUAGGUGAUAGACUAGGUGGAGCAGGAAGAAUGGUAAUAAAUGAUAAUGACUAUAUGAAAGGAGGGUCCUGGUCCACAAUGACAAUGGGUCAGCCGAGACAGGUGAUCCAGAAGGGCUCUGCUACUCUGGACAGAUCCCUGCUCAAGUCCAAAUCCUGCCAGCCUGAACUAACCUGCAACUACCUACAGGUUGGACGAAGGGGUGAUUGGAGUAGCACAUUAGGCCGCAGCGGGGGUGCCAAUGAAAUUCCAUGUCGGCGGAUGCGAAGUGGUAGCUAUGUGAAGGCCAUGGGAGACAUGGAGGACAGCGACGACUCAGAGGGAAGCCCCAAACCCUCGCCAAAAACCACCGCUCGUCGCCAGAGCUACCUCAGGGCUACGCAGCAGUCUCUGAGCGACCAGCUACCCCAACGCAACUGUCUUCCAUCUCUCAGAGAGCUCUCCAAUAAUCGCAGCCUGGACAACCUGGACUGCAUUGGGGGUACAAUCUCGUCUUUGCCACGCUGGGAUGAUGAUGACUUCAGCCAGGCCUGCAGCACCUUGGGCAGACGUAGCUGCUUGGGACAGCUACGGGACCUGGAAAUGAGUCAUCAUUAUGAGGACCGCAGCUCAGAGUCCACAUUCAGAGAUUCUCGUUCCCACUCUCAGGACAACCCAGAGCCUCUAGAUUUGCCCAUGCCAACAUGCUUCCGAUCCCGCAGCCACAGCUAUCUGAGAGCCAUCCAGGCUGGCUGUUCCCAAGAUGAUGACACAGCAUCCAUAGACUCAGGCUGCUCACCGCCUCCAAUUGACACCACCGUUCGCACCUACAGCACCAACACUGUUUCUUCAUGCAGAACCACCAGUAAGAAGGCUGCUCCUCCGCCAGUACCGCCCCGUACAACCUCCAAGCCCUACAUCUCUGUGACAGUACAGAGCAGCACAGAGUCUGCCCAAGACAACUACCUAGACCAGCAGGAUCGGAGGUCAGAGGUCAACAGCCAGUCAAGCCACGCACACAGCAACUCCUCCGACAGCCUUGACAGCACCCGUGCCAACAGUCUGGCACGGGGUAUUCCCCGACCUCCACACAUCAUCCCCACUCCCAUCGCUAUCCCCAGAGAGCCAAUCGUGCCCACCACCACUAAUGCUUCCACUGAGACAAGUGACUCAGUAGUCCAGCAUGAAUCACUGAAAUCAGGAUUAAACAAAGGAAAUCUAGUGGCAGAGGAGCCCCUAGUGGCGCCAGUACCCCGGCGGAAACUCUCCUCCAUUGGCAUACAGGUCGACUGUAUUCAGGAAGUUCCACGAGAGGAGACCCCGCCAUUGGCCAAAUUUCAGUCAAUCGGAGUACAGGUGGAGGACGGGUGGCAGCUUAGUCGCUCCAGUAGCAUGGCCUCAAAACAAGAAACCGACUCAGACACACAAGACAUCUCUGUCACCUCCCAUAUCAAUAACGCCAAACACUUUGAGAAGAAAGUCAUGGUCAAUAGUGCCAGCCAAUCCACAAGCUCCCCUCCUGGACAAGAAUAUUUAGACAACGGAGACACUACUUGUGUCAACUCUUCGCCUCCACCGCCCAGGCAGAUCCUCAACCGCUCCACCACACGAAGUAGCUCUUCCUCCUUCUCAGAAAGUCUGGACCCAGCGCUGGACCCCUCGUCCCUUCCACCUCCAGACCCUUGGCUGGAGAGUGGCAAUGGGAGUAACAGCAAUUGUCCCCAGAGCGGAGGAGCGGGAACACUGUGCCGGAGAGAUGGCCACUGGUUCCUAAAGCUGCUGCAGGCUGAGACGGGACGCAUGGAAGGCUGGUGCCAGCAGAUGGAGCAGGAGACCAAAGACAACCAGCUCUCAGAGGAGGUGCUGGGGAAGGUUCGCAGUGCAGUAGGAUGUGCCCAGCUCCUUAUGUCCCAGAAGUUCCAACAGUUUCGGGGAUUGUGUGAACAAAACUUGAAUGUGAAUGCCAACCCGCGGGCCACAGCUCAGGACCUGGCAGGUUUCUGGGACCUGCUGCAGCUCUCCAUUGAGGACAUCAGCCUCAAGUUCGAUGAGCUCUACCAUCUCAAGUCUAAUGACUGGCAGCCAAUGCCGUCUGCGGCUGCCCAGUCGCCCCCUGAGCGGAAGGUACUUCCCACCCCUGCUGCCCAGUGCCCUGGCUGGGGACGGGGAGAAGGAGGCCGCUCCAGCGUCAAAGAAGCCCGGUAAGGGACGACCAUUGCUGGGCCGUGAGAAGAGUGCAGACUCCUCAUCCACCUCUUCAUCGGCCUCAGCAGAGAAGCAGAGACACGAGGCACGCAAGCGUCUACUGGCUGCUAAAAAGGCUGCCUCGUUUCGCCAGAACUCGGCCACAGAGAGCGCGGACAGCAUCGAAAUCUAUGUCCCCGAGGCCCAGACUCGCCUCUGAGAGAGACACUGAGAGAGAAGGAAAUUUGAUUGGAUCAAAGGACAGAGAGGUGUCACUUAAAUACCUGGGGGGGGGGGGGACUUUUGCAAUGCAAAUGAGCUACUACUGCUGAAUAAAUAUGGUUAGAUGGGGGAGAAGACAUCAAAUUCCCAGAGAUUGGGGUGGGAGUAGACUUGGGCAUUUUUCACACACUCAUACAGUUGUAGGCUGGUCCUGGUGGCAUCAAAACACUUAUUU